CCUUUGAAAUAGUAAUCAGUUAUUUUGGAGGUAGGCAAAAUUCAGAGGUAUCCAUUAUGAAAAAACAGAUUGUAAAGGAGUUCAUAACCGUGAAAAAGGUAUACCGACUACCGCGAGAGCCGCCACCACCGCCGCCGCCGCCCAAGCGGUGUGUCCUUGCCGUGGGCUGCUGCACUCUGGACAUGAUCACCAUGGUGGACCUGCCACUGACUCCAGGCCAGAAGCAACGCACCAAGGACGGCCGGUGGCGGCGAGGCGGUCCGGCGGCCAAUAUCUGUACCGUGUGGCGUCGUUUGGGCCUGGAUUGCGAGUUCCUUGGUGUCCUAAGCAAUGUGCGGGCAUUCGAGAGCCUGCUGAAUGGGUUCCAUUCGCAGGGCAUCGACAUAAGCCACUGCCCACUGACAAACCAUUAUCCGGCCCAUCGGAGCAUCAUUAUUAGGAGAGACGCGGACGCCAGCACCAUGCUGGAGUUCUCCAACCAUCACCACCAGCUUACGUACCAACAGUUUGUGGGCGCUGUCGACUACCAAAAGUACUCGUGGAUCCACUUCGAGAGCCGCAAUCCCGCCGAGACGCAGCGAAUGAUAAUGGCAGUACGCGACUUCAACGAACGCUGUCCCCAUCUGCGAAUCGUCAUCUCUGUCGACCUGGACAACUUGCACCCGUCGACCAUGCUCAUGGCCAGUCUGACGGAUUACGUCUUCAUCAGGAGGGCCACGAUUCGCGUCUACUCGUUUAUGAAUGGACGCGAGGGCGUCUGGGCGGUCAGGAAUGCGAUGAACGAGGCGAGCUCCAAGUGGGAAAAGACUCAGCCCCGGAAGAUGCCCUACUUGCCGCCCGAUGAGCCCACGGAGGAAGAACGCUGCAUGGAACCGCCGCCAGAGAAACCCAUCAUCAUAUACAGCAAUUACUUGGAGGGCGCCAGCUGCCUGAAGGCGGACGAUACAUACUUUAAGGUUGGCGCUCAUAUUCCGAGCAACAUCGUGGACGCCAUUGGGAUGACUGACACCUUCUCGGCGGCCACCAUUUAUGCUCUACAGCAGGCGAAGAUGGGACUACGCGAUGCCCUCGAGUAUGGCAGCCGAGCAGCGGCACUCAAGAUGACGGACAAUGGAUUCAAUAUCAUGCGUUGUAUGCCCAAGGACCUAAUGGGUUGCUACUACGCCUGAGGCAAUAAAUCAAUUAAAAGUGUUUAUGUACAUAAUCAAGGGGAGUCUAUAUGGAGUAUACAAAUAUAUAAAUGAAAAUAAAA